AUUUUUCGUAAAAAAAAAAACCUGCAGUUUCUCGGCCCAGAAGCCGGGGACACGCUCUACUUCCCCGUGCGUCGCAGCCAUGUACAAUGACCUGGUAUUGGGCAGGAUUUGACGAGUCGCACUACGUAGCUCCCACUAAACUGUACCUUACAGCUCUGUUUAGGUUGGGCUGGGCCACCUGGGGAGAGAGAGAGAGCCUGAGAGGGAUAGUUAGCACCGCCUUAUUGAGACCUUAGCACAUUGGAUCGGGAUCCAAUGCAAAGAGAGAAAUUUUGUUCGUUCGUCUGCUCGCAGAAAAAAAUAAACCCCAACCCCUCCCACUUGUUGUCGACGAGGCCCAAAAUUCUCUCACCGACAGAGUAGCAAGCAUAAACAAACAAGCAUCAGUCACUUUAUUCUUUGGCAUUCCAUCUGUUUUGCUGUCCUGUACUCCAUCCAACUCGUCACUGUUUUUAUCCCUCUUCAUCGCUUCGCAUCCUCUGCUCACGCGACCGCAAACUUGGCUACAAGUUCAAUGUCGAAUAAACGUGUCUAAUCUCUCAAACAAUCGACGGUUCCUCUCGAUACCGUCACUGACCUUUCUUGGCUCCUUUACUGGGCUUCUAUGCGGCCGACGGAUCUUCUGCGCUUCCUCUUCUCUCGACCUUCCAAGCCCCGAUAGCACCCCUUCAACGAACAUCCACCGAUUCACAUCUCCCAAGCAACCCCUUCUGCCACAAUUCCGUCAAAAGAGCUCUACCACUUCAUCCGCUCGCGACCCCCCUAACGUCCCCGAGACGUUGUCCCCCGAUCGAUCGAUUGCUGCUGGCUCCGCCAGCAUCUGAACAAGUCCCCGUACCUGUGGGCCUACUCUCUCAAACAGACGCCGCAUAGUCUGUUUGAGCGGCAGCUAGUGCUCCGCGGACUCUGCCACCGGGCAAAGAACACUGAACCAACCGCCGCCGCCGCCAUCAUGACCUCCGUCCCGUACAACUGCACCUUUUCGCCCGCCUCGGCUACUCCUCAUCUCACCAUCAACCAUGAUGUAGCCGCCGACCUCGACUCGACCAACGCUUUUGAGGGUCCCGAGAAGCUUCUCGAGGUUUGGUUCGCUCCUAGUCCGACGACUCUGCCUCCUACUGCUCCUGCCAAUGGCCUCAAGGCUGUUCCGGCUGAUACCUGGGUUCCCAUGCUUGACAUGGUCAAUUGCAAGGUCUUGUCUGUUCUUGAGAGUGAAAUGAUGGACGCCUAUCUCCUCUCCGAGUCGAGCAUGUUUGUCUUUCCCCACAAGAUCAUUCUCAAGACUUGCGGAACCACUACCCUUCUUCUCGGCCUCCAGCGAAUGCUUCACAUUGCUGCCAAACACGGAUUCCCAUUCCACAACGCCAAUUCGGCUGACGACAUCCAAGCAGCCGCGACUCCAUACCGAGUAUUCUACAGUCGCAAAAACUUUCUCUUCCCCGAGAAGCAGCAGGGCCCCCACCGCAGCUGGAAGCAAGAGGUCAAGUAUCUCGACGACAUGUUCGACGGAGGUAGUGCCUAUAUGGUAGGCAAGAUGAAUGGCGACCACUGGUACCUGUACCUCACCUCACCCAACCAGCAAGCCCUCACCCCCCCUCGCACCCCCGGUGAGGUCGAAGGCACCAAGAUCCCCGUCGGGACGUCCUUCAAUGGACUGCCCAGCAGUUACCACGACGAGACGCUCGAAAUCCUCAUGACGGAUCUCGAUCCCGAAAACGCCAAGCAGUUCUAUCUGUCGCACGCGAGUGCGGUCGCCAGCGACAAGAUGGCUGCAGAGGCCAAGGAUGCACGCAAGGAGGCCAUCAACAGCCUUGGAGGGCUUGCCGAGACUGUUGACGAGGUUGAUGUUUUCGCCAACGACGACGACGACACCAUGCUCGACUCAAUCGAGGCUCUGACCACUGAGGGUCACGCACUGGGAACUGUCGUCUCGGAGAGUUGCGGCCUCUCCAGCGUCUACCCAACCAGCAAGUAUCCCGAUGCGCGAGUCGACGCAUACCUGUUCAGUCCCUGCGGCUUCUCUGCCAAUGGCGUCGUCCCUCCUGAGGCUGGCAAGGGUGAGCAUUACUUUACGGUUCACGUCACCCCGGAGCCUCAGUGCUCCUUUGCUUCAUUCGAGACCAACGUCCCUGGUGGUCAGAGCGGACGCACCACGACUGAGAUUAUUGAGCAUGUUGUCGACAUCUUCAAGCCCGGUCGUUUCAGCGUCACUCUUUUUGAAGCAAAGGGUGCUGCUCAGAACCCAUACUGCAUGGAUGAUGAUGACUCCAACAAUUGGGCUGCUAAGCGUCUUGUUGAUCCUGUCCGAGGAUACAGACGCAUUGAUCGUAUUGUUCACGAUUUCGAGGACUACGAUCUUGUCUUUCGCUUUUAUGAACGUGAAGGAUGGGCUGGAACCAAGAGCGCUCGUGUUGGAGAGCCAGUCAGUCCUACCAAGUAAUGCAUUUACUUGACUGUCGUUUUGGCUAACAACACUUGGACUCUCAUUUUGUCAAUUGGAGGAUACAAUGGAUGGCCCUGUCAUUUCCGGCCUAGCAUCAUGUACUUUGUCGUUCUUGAGAUACUUUCGCUCUUUGAGACCGCUUUUGAGAUCGCUUUUGAACAUAUAUUUUGAAUUGAGCAUUUUGCGACCCAACUGAAUGAUGCCCUGUAACUAUAAUCAGAACCUAAAAUUAGUGCAUGCACGCUAAAUCAAGCCUGUACCGGGUGCAGAAGGUGACAAAACUCUGUGAGAGUCAAAGUCUGCUGGACGUGCACGCUUGUGUCACAAUUUUGUCCCCCAA